GCUUUCUUGUUCGAAGUCCAUGACCCUAUUUCCCGUCAUCCAAUGCGCAUGUGUUCCAAGUGACCUCAGCCUGUCGUCGCAGGGGCGAAGCACGCUUCUUGGCUCCCAUUUACGCAAGCCGGUGUGAAAUCAGAAAACGCCAGGUAAAAACGCAAGGGACCAGAUCGCGACAUAGGCGCUGCGGUUAUUUUCGCUCCAGUAUUUGUAUCCUCUUUUGUUGUUGGUUAACUUCUUAAUGGCUGGAAUCGAGGAGCUGUCUCCUGCCGCAGGCCCUGCUGAGACCCGGGCCCCCGAAGACGAGAUCGAAGGAGAUGAUGAAGACGAGGAGUUGGAUGAGACGCUUACGGAGAGGCUGUGGGGACUGACCGAGAUGUUCCCAGACAGACUGCGCUCAGCAGCAGAGGUGUCCGCCAACUGCUCGCUGUCCAUAGCUAAGACAAUGUACAGCUUCACACGUUCUGCUCUGUGGGUGGGCACCACCUCUUUCAUGAUCCUGGUUCUCCCUGUCGUUUUUGAGACAGAGAGGCUGCAACUGGAGCAGCAGCAGAUACAGCAGCAAAGACAGAUCCUGUUAGGACCCAACACAGGUAUGUCAGGUGGAAUGCCAGGGAUGAUGCCUCCAGCCCCAGGGAAGAUGUGAUGAAGAGCUCCUUCUGUGUCAGCUCUUGAGCUGCAAGGAGAGGGGGAGAUGGGGGAAGUGAUAGAGGAGUGGAGGAGCAGGAGGAGAGGAAACUACAGCGGGUCAGCACACAAGCUCAUUCCAAAAAGGUUGGGGUGGGCAAGGAAGGAGCCAUCCUCUUCUGGACUAUAGAGCCUGCUAUUCCUGCAAGACAACCUUCUCCAUUGCUGCCUCUUGCAGACAACAUCCUGCAGAGACUUCUAACCGCUGUCCUUUUUAUAGAUAUAUAAAUAUGUAUGUGUUUCAAGGGGUUGGGAAAAGGUUUUGGGUUUGUGUGUCAGAGUAUGCAAAGUAUGAAGGUGUAUAGAAUGUUAACUUUAAAAAAAAAAAAAAGGCUAUACAAUUUGUCAAUUCAAUUUCAGAGCCCAGUGGCUGUCUAUUGUGAUGUCAGUUGUUAAGGAAGCCUGGCCACGCAUAGGGCUGGGAGUGCUCUCAUCCACAUGCAUGCAUGUUCAGUGGAAAUGCAGUCACAUGUAGGUUAAAGAGUUACAGUUUUCUCCCACAAUAAAUUAAUAUCUGAUCCAAGUCUUUCAUUUACUGUUUUUGAAACUUGAGAUAAUUUUGGAGAACAACACUAAAAGUCAAGUAUAUUGCCACAGGAAUGUUACAGCACCUUCCCUGCAUAUAUUAUGUAAAUGUAAACCCAUUCAAUUGCCCUCUGCCAGAGAGAAUGCAUCUGUUUUUUCUUUUUUUUUCUUUGCACCCAUCCCUUUUACCCUCUCACCUUUUUUGAAUAAAGUCCUGUCAUUCUGACAUGACUGCAGGAAUAAAACCAUCUGUGGAAAAAUG